CCCACGCCGGCGGGAAGGAGAUUCCAAAACCUGUCAAAAUGGUUGAAGCAGAUCGGCCUGGGAAGCUGUUCGUUGGUGGAUUGAACAUUGAAACGAACGAGAAAGCUCUUGAAUCUGUCUUUGGCAAAUAUGGCCGUAUUGUAGAAGUUCUCCUUAUGAAAGAUCGUGAAACCAACAAAUCCAGAGGUUUUGCUUUUGUCACAUUUGAAAGCCCAGCAGAUGCUAAGGAUGCAGCAAGAGAUAUGAAUGGAAAGUCUUUAGAUGGAAAAUCCAUUAAAGUUGAACAAGCUACCAAGCCAACCUUUGAAACUGGUAGACGUGGGCCCCUCCCAAGGAGCAGAGGACCCCCAAGAGGCCUUAGAGGUGGAAGAGGCAGCAGUGGAACCCGGGGGCCACCUUCAAGAGGCAGUCACUUAGGUUCCUCUAGAGGCCCUCUCCCAAUGAAAAGGGGCCCACCUCCCCGUAGCGGGGGACCACCACCCAAAAGACCCACACCAUCUGGACCUGUACGCAGCAGUAGCGGGAUGGGUGGUAGAGCGCCCCUGUCACGUGGCAGAGACAGCUAUGGGGGGCCUCCGCGAAGAGACUCCUUGCCAUCACGAAGAGAUGUCUACUUAUCCCCUAGAGAUGAUGGCUACAGUACUAAGGACAGUUAUUCAAGCCGAGAUUAUCCAAGUUCCAGAGACACCAGAGAUUAUGCCCCACCACCAAGGGAUUAUACCUAUCGUGAUUAUGGACACUCCAGCUCACGGGAUGAGUAUCCCUCAAGAGGUUACAGUUAUUCCUCCUACAGCGAUCGGGAUGGCUACGGAGGGCGUGACCGGGAUUACUCGGACCAUCCCAGUGGAGGCUCUUACAGAGAUUCCUAUGAGAGCUACGGUAACUCACGUAGUGCUCCCCCUGCACGCGGGCCCCCUCCAUCAUAUGGUGGAAGCAGUCGCUAUGACGAUUACGGAAGCACCCGUGAUGGGUAUGGUGGAAGUCGAGAGAGUUACUCAAGCAGCAGAAGCGAUGUCUACUCAAGUGGCCGAGACCAUGUGGGCAGACAAGACAGAGGCCUUCCCCCGUCUAUGGAACGGGGCUACCCUCCGCCCCGCGAUUCUUACAGCAGCUCGAGCCGCGGAGCACCCCGAGGUGGCGGCCGGGGAGGGAGCCGCUCGGAUAGAGGUGGAGGCCGAAGCAGAUACUAAAAAAACCUUUGAAACUCAUGGACCAAAUCAAGUUUUUUUUCCUCCUCCCCCCCCCAACACAAGGAAUGUGGAAGUUUUAUCUCGUUCCCACCCAGAGGACUAUCAACACGAUGUUUUUAACUUUUUUUUUUAAUUGUUGCUUGUUAAGUUCCCCUUCAUUACUGAUGUUUUUUGUGAGGAAAGAGUAAAAACAAUGUUUAAUUUCAUUUCAAAAUUGUUAAUAAUUUCUCUCAAAAAGCAGAUGUUAAUGUAUGCCAUUUUGAGCCUAUGUACUAGUGUUGUAACCUUUUCAAAGUAAACGUUAACCCUGAAAUACCACACUUUUCACUUCAUCAAUGCAACGGCCAGCCGAAGGCACCCCAUGCAUCUAAAAUGGCCAUGGAUCGUUCUGCUCAUGCAAGCAUGCCUUCUCUCUAGGCAAGACAUGUGAUUUGUUGGAAGGGGGGGUGGGGAUGGAUGCCAACCCCUAAACUAUUAAAAGUGUCCUCUGAAAUGCAAAGAUGCUCCCAAAUAAUGACCUACCUUCGGUCCUGUGUAAAAUUCAGGACACCAUUCAGCCUUUUUAAGUCAAAACCACCAAUGGAUAAAGCUGAAUGUACAUUGUGCCACUCUACGCAUUUCCUUAGGCAAUUUGCAAGAACCUCACCCCCCUCAGUAAUGUAUUAAACCUGCAGCAAGCGAGCUGCAGAGUUCUGUAAAUUAAAAAAAAAGAGAGGUUUGGCCCAUUCCACCCAAGAAGCUGCAGAACGUACUUGCUCUUACUGUUUCAAAUUUUUGCAAUCCUGUAGUGUCUCAUUUUUAAAGGAACAUCUUUGACUCCAAAGGCAAAAUGGAGAAAAGUAAGAUAAGCAAAGAAGUCUUUCUCACCAACCUCUGAAAAGCUUAUGGCUUCAUAUAAACAAGUGAAAACUUUCAGCAUCCCACAACAACAGCUUUAAAGCAUCAAAUGCCCGUGAAACAGCAAAAGAUGGUAAGCAAAGCAAAAACUAGUUUUUCGGUCUAAGUCAAAACGUGAAACCAAAAAGCUAUCGUCCUUUUUAGUACAGUAGGACAUGCUGUGCAUCAUGGCAAUGGAAGUUUUUCUAGCUUUUUAAAGAAAGCGCCAAAUGGAAAAAAAAAAAAAAGUAAAUACCUGUGCUGGGAAGCCUUAGGCGAAGCCUUCUAAAUUCAUCAUAACCUUGUCUUGGAUGAAAAUAUGUAUGGCACAAAAGCUUUUGAAAAUGAUGCUAAGAAAGCAGCUUGUAAACAAGUCCCCAUAAGGGGUUGGGGGGGACUGUUGCUUUUUUUGGCCAGUAUGUUUCAAUGAAGAUACUUAUAUA